AUGGAUAUCGAAAACGACAACACAGUGGAUGUUCGCGAUACUGCUCCAUCCUGCGGAUGCAUGCCCGGAGGAAUAGGCGAAGUGGUGGUCAAAGAAUCCACGCCAGGGAUUGAUGGAGCGACGAUCGAAGAGCCGAGUCGCGAUGCAGAGCCUGUGAGCAUGACCAAGGUCUACCCAAACCCUCUCGAAUCAAAGUCGCCUGCUGCUGGCGAAUCUGAAGUGCCGCUCCCCUCGGACGAUGCCCUAGUAUCAGCAGGCUCAGAAAGAAAUAAUCCGCCUCGCGAAGAGCCCAAGCGUCAAGAUUCGUCGCAACAAGAAACCAAAUCGGCAUGGACCUUCCUGCUCGAUUCCGCCCAAGAAUAUGACCAGGACAAGAUAGGGAAGUGGAGGGGGGAAAUGGAUAACCUCCUCGUUUUUGCCGGCUUGUUCUCUGCCGUCGUGACCGGGUUCACCGUCGAGUCAAUGUCCUGGCUGCAGGAAGAUCCCACCGACACUACCAACAGGCUGCUCGUGCAAAUGUCCGCCCAGAUGGCUUCAUUUUCCGUGUCCCCAGGCUACAUCAACUCUACCGCCGCGCCUGCAUCGUCCCAGAUUCUUAGUUCAUCCACCUUCCAACCUGCUGGCAUUGACGUGACGAUCAACAUGCUGUGGUUUCUGAGUCUCACUCUCAGCCUCCUUGCAGCCUUCUUUGCCAUCGCCGUUCAGCAAUGGCUUCGCGCUCUCCCUCUCCCACAUCAUUUACCUGUGAUGGAAAGUAUCCAGCUCUGGGAAUGUCGCACUGAAGACCUCAUCCGAUGGCAGCUGCCGAACGUCAUCAUACUCCUACCCGUCACCUUGCAACUCUCCGUUGUCCUGUUUCUGGCGGGUCUGUACCACCUCCUCCGAACGCUUAGUCAUCCGAUGACGACUGCGUAUGCAGUAGUCGCUGGAGUGCCUUUUUGUCUCUACGCCCUCUCGCUCCCCCUGCCGCUUAUUAGGCCUCACUGCCCAUACAAGUCGCCGCUUGUCCCCUCUGUUGUAUUUUUCCUGCGAUGGUGCACGCUGUUCCUUCUUCUUCUUGCCAUUUUUCUGGUCCUCCUUCCUUCGAUCAUCAUUCAGAUCGUGGUUCUAGCAUGCAGGGGUCUGGCAGACAGCAAUAUCCACUUGAUUCGUAUCUAUCAAACAGCUGUCUGGGCAGUGGAUAUCCUCUUCCGGCAUUUCUACGAUGUUCUGGAAUCUGAUCGCGACUUCUGGACAAAGAGAGAGCACGCGCUCCUGCAGCUGUUGGCCUUGCUCCAAUGGCUGUCCUUCUAUUUUGAAACCAGACAGACCAACCUUGAGCUCGCUGACGACAGGUCACCGAUCGGCGUGAAUAUCCUGGCCAGAGUCAACCGCGCUUUUGCUGAGACAUAUACACAGCUUCUGCUCGACGUAUUGCCGGACGAGUGGCAUUCCCAAGACUGGGUGCGGUUUGAUCAGGAUGUGGCCCGUAUCCUCAUCCUACUGACGUGGAUAUACAAGGCCGACUUCGCUGGUUUUAACCUCCGACACAUCUUGUCACCUCUACUGAUCCAAGUCUGCGAAUCACAGAAGCUAGAAGUCAUUCAAAAAUUCACCGAUUAUGAUCAAGUUAGACAUCCUACAGUGUGUCUCUUUGUGGCCACUAUUCAAGAUCACUAUGUUUUCAGUACUACCGAAAUCGAACAGAUGAUCUCGCUGGCAACCCGGCGCAUCCCACAGCUGGUGGAAAUGAAUCAGCGGCUCGACGACGACUACAUUAUACACACUGUGGACAUGAUACUCGGAGCUGUUGCCGCGCCUCUGCACGUGCUUUCACGCGAUGGAGAUACCACAUACGACAAACCAGAAGGCCUUCAUCAUCUCCUGGAAGAAUUCGAUCACUUCCUCGUUGCCCAGCGCCAAGGUAUUCAAUAUAUGGCCAAGCUAUCGUUGGAGCAACCGGAGCAAGUUCUGAUGAUCACUCGCGGGGCAAUGAAGUCCGUUGUGGACUCUCUUCUGAAGCUGGCACAGCGCAGCUGGCUACCUGUCGAAGUUUCCGGACCACUUGUUCACAACCUCGUUCAGACUUGCAAGGAUCAGCGCGCACUCGAGGACACCAUGCCUUCCUUAGAUCGUUUGUCGGAACUAGUCUCUACACCCGCCACUGCGGCCUCAGCCCCUUCGAUGCUCAAUCCAGACAUUACUACCGACGAACCCAAACUCGAGACGUCUAGUGUCGCCCUUCCUACUCUCCUGUCAGACGAUCAGUCUGGUCCACAAACGGCGGCAGGUGGGGGGCAUCUCGAGGCUGAGCGUUUACUGGAGCAGAGCGCGGCUUCAAUACCCAUGCAAACGCGUCAUUCUUCACGGCUAUCAUUGACGGAAGGAUUAGAGGCCGGAGAACCGACGCAGACCGUAACGUCACAGCUGGGGGUAGCUCCGCCUCACCCUUUAGAGUCAGCGGGCUGAGAAGAUUUUAUGUUUCGUGAUUGCUACAUGUCAGAUAGUACUGCGUAUAGACCAAGCCGCAGUUAUGAACGUAAGGCUUUU